AUGACAUUAGCACAGUACUCUGCAUCAUUGGAGUACUUAUGCUGGCAACAACUCCAAGCAGGAGCACCUCAAAUCCAGCUGCGUUUGGCUGGGACAUCGAGAGUCCCCAACGAAGGUCGCCUGGAGGUUCUGUAUAAUGGUCAGUGGGGCACUGUAUGCGAUGAUGACUUCAACCUGGAGGUGUCAAAUGUAGUCUGCAAGCAACUGGGUUUUGAGAUGGCAAUGAACUGGGCGCACAGUGCAAAAUAUGGACAAGGGGAAGGUCCCAUCUGGUUAGAUAAUGUCCGGUGCUCAGGUGCUGAGAGCUCUUUGGCAGAAUGUGAGUCCAAUGGCUGGGGAGUCACCGACUGCAAGCAUUCAGAGGAUGUUGGCAUACUCUGUUCAACAAGCCGGCUACAGGGAGCUCCACCGCCUCAGACUAUCACUGCACAGCAUACAAAUAAGAUUGAGGAAGUUCGCAUAAAGCCCAUUUCAGCUCGUGCCAAGGCCAGCCUCCCUGUUACUGAAGGCAUAGUGGAGGUGAAGCAUCAUGGCCGAUGGAGGCAGAUAUGUGACCAAGGCUGGACUCUUGACAACAGCAGAGUCAUCUGUGGAAUGUUGGGCUUUCCUGGAGAGAUUCAACCCAAUGAAAAGUUUUACAGAAAACUUUGGAAUAUGAAAAUGAAUGUUCCAAAAUCAAGGUUAAAAGCUCUGAGCCACAAAAAAAUGUUCUGGAUCCACAAAGUUAAUUGCUUGGGAACAGAACCCCAUCUGGCUAAAUGCAAUGUGCAAAUUUCUCCCAAGACCCCUAAACAUCCUUGCAGGAAUGGGAUGCAUGCCAUAGUGAAAUGUGUCGCUCCACCUACCUCUGCCAAUGGAAAUGGAAAUAACUUCAAAAAAGCUUUCAGGACGAUGGAGCCACUGGUAAGACUGAGAUCUGGCCCACAUGCUGGAGAGGGAAGAGUAGAGGUGUUAAGAAAUGGGAAGUGGGGAACGAUAUGUGAUGACAAGUGGAACCUCAUUUCAGCCACCGUGGUCUGUCGGGAGCUUGGUUACGGAUCCGCCAAAGAAGCUAUUUUAGGUGCCCAGUUGGGACAUGGGUUGGGUCCUAUCCACAUGAAUGAAGUGCUCUGCACAGGACGGGAAAAGUCCAUCACUGAAUGCAAGUUCAAAGAGGCCAGUAUAGCUGGGUGUCAGCAUGAAGAAGAUGCAGGUGUGAGAUGUAACAUUCCAGACAUGGGAUACAACAGUCAGAUUCGACUGGUCGGAGGAAGGUCAAGUGAAGAGGGCAAGGUGGAGGUACAGAUGGUCAUUAAAGGUGUAAAGAAGUGGGGAGCUGUGUGUGGAGAACUCUGGGGCAUGAAUGAAGCCAUGGUAGCUUGUCGACAGCUGGGACUCGGCUUUGCCAACCAUGCUAUACAGGAGACAUGGUACUGGCAGGGUACUCGGGGUGCAGAGGAUAUAGUCAUGAGUGGUGUCCGUUGCUCUGGCACAGAGUUGUCGAUUCAGCACUGUCGUCACCACAGCGUUGUCCAUUGCCCUCGUGGAGGGGGUCAUCGAUCCGCAGGAAUUAGCUGUACAGAACAUGCGCCAGACCUUAUACUGAAUGCACAGCUGGCCCAAGAGUCUGCCUAUCUUGAGGACCGUCCCCUUCACAUGCUGGAAUGUGCCCAUGAAGAAGAGUGUCUUUCCAAAUCAGCAGAUGACAUGUCCUGGCCAUACGGACAUCGACGACUACUCCGCUUCACAUCAGAGAUACACAAUAUUGGAAGGUCUGACUUCACCCCAAGAAACGGGAGGCACACAUGGGUCUGGCAUGAAUGUCACAGACACUACCACAGCAUUGAAGUCUUCACCCACUAUGACCUCUUGAAUAUGAAUGGUACCAAAGUCGCUGAAGGCCACAAAGCGAGUUUUUGCCUUGAAGACACACGCUGUGGAAAAGGAAUCCAGAAGCGCUACGAGUGUGCCAACUUUGGUGAACAAGGAAUAACAGUGGGCUGCUGGGAUACCUACCGCCAUGACAUAGACUGCCAGUGGGUAGACAUUACAGAUGUUGGCCCAGGAGACUAUAUUUUCCAGGUCAUUUUGAACCCAAAGUUUGAAGUGGCGGAAUCAGAUUUCAGGAACAACAUGAUGAGGUGUCGAUGCAAAUACGACGGGAAGAAGAUCUGGAUGCACAGCUGUCACACAGGUGAUGCUUACAGCGCAGAUUUAGAAGAAGAGUUUGAGAACCAACGAAGACUCUCUAACAACCUGGUGUAGCCCUUCCGUUCUUCUGGGGCAUCUAAAAUUACUUCUUCAUGCCAGAUACUGCUCUAAACUGCAGCCCAGAAUUAGAUGAGGUUCCGAGAAGUCACAACUGGAAAACCAUCAAUCUCAGGUCUUCAACCAGCACGGGGAAUACAAACCAGACAAACUUUGUUUACAUGACAACUCUGCCCAUAAUCUUCA